GACUUUAUCCUGGGUCAAUGUAGAAAACAAUUUUUAAUUUAGGCCAUGUGUUUGUCUUGGCACAAGAGUAUAAGUGAAUGCUGCCCCUUUACUCUUUUUGCCAUUGACUACUAUAACAAUCCACGCUAGUACAGUGUUGUCCCUUCACCUUCUGAGCAUUUCGUUCCCUUCUGUUGCACUGAUGUAGUACUGCUUGCCAGGUUAGGUUCUGCCAUCUGUUACUGUGUAAUCUGUCACUGAGAGUAUGUAUGUUGCAAGUCAAUAUCACUGUGACGUGUCACUUGGCUUACAUUAACAUACAAACAAGUAAAUCAAGGUGAGCCUGAGCUAGUGUUGCAGACACUGGGACCUUGUUGGGUUGUGACACGUUUUGUGCAAUAGCACUUCUCACAACAUUGCUUUACAAGAAUAAUCAUAUUCUUGGUGGGGGGCAUUCUGGCUGUACCUGAGAAGUUCUUAAAAUAAUUAAAAAAGUAAUUCUUAAAUCAGAAAGUAACAUAUUAACAACUACCAUGUAAUGAAACUGAAGGACAAAAAUUUUCAAAAGUGAAAACUACUGUACACAUCCCUGUGAAUCGAAUCUCUAACUGCUCUAACUGCUUGUUAUAACUCAGACAUGAAACUUGAAACAUUGAACUUUGUUUUAAAAACAUGAACAUAUGCAUCUUGCAUUCGUACUGCUUUCUGCUUUCAACCAGGUAUUCAUAUUCAAUAACUUCAUUGCACCUCUACAGUAUAUUGUUUAUUUGCAAAACAGGGCCGCAUUUACUCUAAUAGCACUGUUGUCUCAGUGUCAUUGUUGCAAGUUAAUAUACUGGCUACCAGGUAGUUGCAAUAGUUCGCAACUAUUGCAAGCUGAUUGUUAACACAGUGUAUCAAGAUGGACACAGUACAUUAGUGUGAUUAGUGACAGCUGCUGCAGUACAGUGAGAGAAAGAACACAUUUGGGGGGGAUGGUAAGGGUAAGCGGUUGACAGAGACGAGAGAGCUUCCCCUCGCUCUCUACUGUAUGUGAUCGCGAGUCUGCUGCAUUACUCUACAGUGUAAUUUCUCUUUAGUCCUCUACUCCCUCCCUCUCUCACUCGCUCUGCCUGUCUGUAAGCAGUAAUCUCCGUUCGCUCUUGCUGCCUCACAGCUUUCUGCCCUGCCACAGCGCAUCUCCCUCUCCCCUCGACUCUACUUUCUCCCCAGUGAGAAUGACAUCCCAAAAUUUGAUGAACCAGCGAAGCUCUCAUUCCUGCUGGUGGCUUCCGAGGGAGACCCCACAUGACCGGGUUUACUGGACAGGGAAGUGCAUCUAAGGAUCUUCGUAGAAAACCUGUCAGCUGUAGCGGUCUCUGAGGUGAAGAUCAGCAGAUGUUUGGGAAAGCUCACUCCAGCAAACGCUUUGCUUAUGGCCUCGUCACUCAUUACAAGCCACCUGCUCCUGCAUCAUGUCUUGCCAGUCAAACUGUAAUACCAGGAUGUGAUGCAGCUUUAAACACAUGCUGCUUUAGCGAACGCUCCACCACACAAAGAACCUUCAUACUGAAUGAUACAUUAGUCACAGUUCUGGGCAUACAUUAAUUAGCGACUGCUUCAAGCAACUCUCAAUAUAAGAGAGUGUCCUUUGGAAAAUUUGUUUUAAAAACAGACAGAAUUGACGGACACAUGUCACAGGUAUUACUCUUCACAUGGUAGAGCAAGAGAUCUCACUUGUUCAGAGGAAAAUGUCUGACCUUGAGUCAGUACUGCAGCAGAAGGACAUAGAGUUGAAGGCCUCAGAGACCCAGAGGACCAUCUUGGAACAGGAUCUGGCAACCUACAUCACAGAAUGCAGUAGUCUAAAACGGAGCUUAGAACAGGCUCGUAUGGAAGUGUCACAGGAGGAUGAUAAAGCUCUGCAGCUACUCCAUGACAUCCGUGAGCAGAGCAACAAGCUUCAAGAGAUUAAAGAGCAGGAGUAUCAUGCCCAGCUGGAAGAGAUGCGUGUUUCCAUCAGACAACUUGAGGAAGAUCUGUCGGCUGCUCGUCGCCGUAGUGACCUGUAUGAGGCUGAGCUCAAAGAAUCUCGACAGACCAGUGAUGAUCUGAAGAGGAAAACCGCUGACUACCAGCAUAGGAUGCAGAAGGCCAAAGAACAAAGCAAAGCAGAAACAGAAGAGAUGAUCACCAAGUUGGAAAAGACAAAUGCUGAGCAGCAAUCAAGGAUCCAGGAUCUUCAGGAGAAGCUUGCCAAGGCAUUAAAAGCUAGCGCUGAGGCUACAGACCUCCUUCAGACUAUGAAAGUAGCCAAAGAACGCAUCGAGCGAGAUUUAGAGAGGCUCCAAAACAAGGAAGACUCUAGUGACAGCCUGCGCAGACGCCUCCGUGAGACAGAGGACGGUAGGAAGACUCUUGAGAACCAGGUAAAAAGGCUGGAAAUUGUUGAGCGGCGAGAAACAAAACUAAAGGAUGAGAUCCAGAGCAAGGCCCAGCAGAUUCAGCAGAUGGCAGAUAAGAUUCUGGAGCUUGAAGAGAAACUGCGAGAGACUCAAUCCACUGCCCAGCGGUUGGAGACUCAUUUAAAACAGAAGGAGAAGCUCUAUGAAGACAAGAUUAAGGUGUUAGAGGCGCAGAUGAAGGCGGACAUGGCUGAUAAGGAGAUGCUGGAGUCCAGUCAGAGCAAAUAUGAAGAGGAGGUGAGGGAGAAGUGCAGCAUCAUCAGUGAACAGAAGGCGACCAUAAAUGCAAUGGACUCUAAGAUGAACAGCCUGGAGCAGAGGAUUGCUGAGUUGUCAGAAGCCAACAAACUGGCAGCCAACAGCAGCAUUUACACACAAAAGAACAUUAAUGGCAAUAGGAAAGCCCAGGAGGAGAUGAUCUCAGAGCUUCGCCAGCAGAAGUUCUACUUGGAGUCCCAGGCUGGGAAGCUGGAGGCCCAGAAUGCCAAACUUGAAGAGCACCUAGAGAAAAUGAGUCAGCAGGAGCAAAGCAACAAGAGCCGAGUAAUGGAGCUAGAAACCAGGCUUCGAGAGCUUGGCUUGGAGCAUGAGGAACAAAAGCUAGAAAUAAAGCGGCAGGUGACGGAGCUGACCCUGUCACUACAAGAGCGUGAAUCCCAGAUCAGCAACUUGCAGGCAGCUCGCCGCGCUCUGGAGAGCCAGCUGCAGCAGGCCAAGACUGAGCUGGAAGAGACCACUGCAGAGGCUGAGGAGGAGAUCACUGUGCUGCGAGCACAUAGAGAUGAGAUACAACGCAAGUAUGAUGCACUGAGAGACAGCUGUGCGGUGAUAACAGAUCUAGAGGAGCAGCUGACCACACUGACUCAGGAGAAUGCAGAGCUGAACCGUCAGAACUUCUACCUUUCUAAGCAGCUGGAUGAGGCUUCUGAUGAGCGAGAGGACCGGCUUCAUCUCAGUCAGGAUGUAGACCAGCUGCGUCGGGAGGUGGCUGAUCGCGAGAUGCACCUCAAUAACCAGAAACAGAACCUUGAGACACUAAAGACCACAUGCACCAUGCUGGAGGAGCAGGUACUGGAGCUUGAGACACUGAAUGACGAGCUGAUGGAGAAGGAGAGACAAUGGGACACCUGGAGAGCAACACUGGAGGAGGAGAAGAACCAGGCUGAGCGGAGAACAAGGGAGAUCCAGAGACUGCUGGAUACAGAGAAACAAACCAGGCUGCGUGCAGAGCAGCGCAGCACUGAGUCUCGCCAGGCUGUGGAACAAGCAGUCAAGGAGCACAAAGCUGAGAUCCUGGCCCUGCAGCAGGCCCUCAAAGACCAGAAACUCAAAGCUGAGAGCCUUGCAGACACUUUAAAUGAUCUGGAGAAGAAGCAUGCCAUGCUGGAGAUGAACGCCCGCAGUCUGCAGCAAAAGCUGGAGAGUGAGAGGGACCUCAAGCAGAGACUGCUGGAUGAGCAAGAGAAACUCCAGCAGCAGAUGGAUGCUCAGAAGGCUCACAUCUUCCGUUUGACCCAGGGGCUGCAGGACGCUUUGGACCAAACUGACCUGCUGAAAACUGAGAGGACCGACCUGGAAUACCAGCUGGAGAACAUCCAGCUCCACCUGCAGGCUGUGUACUCCCAUGAGAAGGUGAAAAUGGAGGGGACUAUCACUCAGCAGACCAAGCUUAUAGACUUCCUCCAGGCCCAAGCCCACGGUGGCUCAAAGAAGAAAAAGGGUUUAUUUGGCCGCCGUCGGGAGGAUCUCUUGGCCGCCAUGGCUGCUCAGGCCCAGUCUCAGGGGCAGAGUCAGGGCCAGGUGUCCCCUGUGCCUCCAAUCCAGCCGGUGCCUCUGCAGUACAGCGACAUGAAGGCAGCUCUGGACAAGGAGCGUGCUCGCUGCUCUGAGCUGGAAGAUGCUCUUCAGAAAAUGAGAGGAGAGCUGCGAUCUCUGAGAGAGGAAGCGCUCCAGUAUAAAGACCACAGCAGCUCUGCAAACCCGUCCACAGCCCGGCAGCAGAUAAUAAUGUCUGCCAUGGUGAAGUCUCCUGAGCACCAGCAGGGCCCGACCAACCUGGCACCCUCUAACUCUGGACGCAGGAAGGAGACAGCAACACCUGAGGAGAGAAGGAGGGUCACAUUUGAAAAGUAUAGCCGCCGUUUGAAGGACAGUCAGAGAGACAGAGAGAGGGAGCGAGAGAGGGUGGUGCACCACAACACCCCCCACCGCUUCACAGUGGGUCUCAACAUGAGAGCUGCCAAGUGCACUGUGUGCCUGGACACUGUGCAUUUCGGACGCCAAGCGGCUACCUGUCUCGAAUGCCACGCUUUGUGCCACCCGAAAUGCUCCCCCUGCCUUCCAGCCACGUGUGGCAUGUCCAGUGACUGCUCACUGCAUCUGUCUGAGGGCCUGUGUCGUGACAAAGGCAGCUCCCCCGGCCAGCAGCUCAAAGAAGCAGGCGGACACAUGCACCUAGAAGGCUGGAUGAAGCAGCCCAGGAAUGGGAAGCGUGGACAAGGCUGGGAGAGGAAAUAUAUGGUUCUGGAUGGCACAAAAAUCUCUAUCUAUGAGCUAGAGCCUAGAGAAGAAUCAGUAAAGCCGCUGGAGGAGUUUGACCUGUGUCUCUCAGACGGAGAGGUGGUGGUUCAUGGAGCAGUUGGAGCUUCGGAGUUGCCAAACACUGCCAAGUCAGAUGUUCCAUAUGUCCUGAAGCUGGAGUCUCGUUGUCACACCCCCUGCUGGCCGGGACAGUCCGUUUACUUCAUGGCUCCCAGUUUCCCAGACAAGCAGCGCUGGGUGGCCGUCAUUGAGUCAGUGGUGGCUGGUGGACGGGCAUCACGGGAGAAGGCAGAGGCCGACGCAGCUGCUGUGUCCAAAAGACAAAUGGUUCUGUCUCCUCUGGUCCAGAAGCUGCUAGGCAACUCUCUACUAAAGCUGGAAGGAGACGAUAGGCUGGAUAUUAACUGCACCCUCCCGCUCACUGAUCAGAUCGUUCUGGUGGGCUCAGAAGAAGGGCUAUAUGCCCUGAACGUUAUCAAGAACUCCCUGACUCACAUUCCUGGUUUGGGAUCAGUCUUUCAGAUCCAUAUCAUCAAGGAGCAGGAGAAACUGCUGAUGAUUGUUGGGGAAGACAGGGCCUUGUGUCUGGUGGAGAUUAAGAGAGUGAAACAGUCUUUGGCCCAGUCCCACUUACCCAACCAGUCUGAUCUGGCCCCACACAUCUUUGAGACAGUGAAGGGCUGUCAUCUGUUCGCUGCUGGAAGAAUAGACAACAGUCCUUGUAUAUGUGCUGCAAUGCCUAACAAGAUAACUAUUCUGCGCUACAACGACAAUCUCAACAAAUACUGCAUUCGCAAGGAAAUUGAAACUUUGGAGCCCUGCAGCUGCAUUCAUCUGACCAGCUACAGCAUCAUCAUUGGAACCAACAAAUUCUAUGAGAUUGAAAUGAAGCAGUUUGUGCUUGAGGAGUUCUUGGACAAGAACGACGUGUCACUGGCUUCGGCAGUGUUUGCAGCCUCGUCCCACAGUUUCCCCAUCGCCAUCAUGCAGGUGGCCAGCAGCAUGCAGAAGGAGGAGUACCUGCUGUGUUUUCAUGAGUUUGGCGUGUUUGUGGACACAUAUGGACGACGAAGCCGCUCAGAGGAAAUUAAGUGGAGCCGUCUGCCUCUGUCCUUUGCCUACAGAGAGCCAUACCUCUUUGUCACCUACUACAACUCUUUGGACGUCAUUGAGGUUCAGGGACACGCUGCUCUGGGUCCUGCAGUGCUGGCCCACCUGGACAUUCCCAACCCUCGCUACCUGGGCCCAGCCAUUUCCUCUGGGGCCAUUUACCUGGCCUCAUCCUACCAAAACAAGCUGCGGGUCAUCUGCUGUAAGGGAAGCCUGAUCAGAGAGUCUGGGGAGCUGCAGAGGACCAACUCGAGCCGAGGCAGUCCCAGCAAGCGAGGCCCGCCCACCUACACAGAGCACAUCACCAAGCGCUUGUCCUCGGGGCCGGGCAGCCACGACGGUCUCCACCGGGAGCCCAGCACGCCGCACCGGUACCGGGAGGGCCGCACCGAGUUCAGGCGAGACAAGUCUCCUGCCCGACCGCUGGACAGAGAGAAGUCUCCAGGCAGGGUGCUGGACAGUCGCAGGGAGAGGUCCCCUGGGAGGUUCGGUGACAGCACCAGGCUCCACGCUGGAUCCGUCCGCACACAGCUGGCUCCUGUAAACAAGGUGUGGGACCAGUCGUCUGUGUGAAUCUAGAUCUGCGCUGCUCCUGAAUGGAGGUUGAAGAGGAACCUUGGAACCCCUUAAUCCAGUCUGAAUGCAAAGCACACACACACACACACACACACACACACACACACACGGAUCGGGCCGACUGUCGGCCUCAUUGCCUGUACAAAGUGUGCUCAGUUCUUCGUUCAGCAACACACAAGGCUGCAAUGAGCCACAUCUCCUGUGACAAUCCUCUCUUUUUCUGGCACAUGCGCACAUGGGUAACGUCCCAUAGUAGUGGUGACAGGGAAUCUAUGUUGGGCUACAGAAAAUCUACUUUAUAAUAUAUACAGUACAGUACACAAAGUUGUAAAUAUUGCUGUCUGAGUUUUUAUAGAUAAUGGGAAUAGUCGGCUGGUAAAGCCAUGUCUAUUUUUUUUAAAAAUGAGUUUCUAAAGAUGUGGCAGGGAGAUCAAUGAUGUCGUUGGUUAAGAAAUACUCUAUCUACAUUUAUUAGGAGCUAACAUUUGAUUACAUCAACUAUAAAGAGAAAGGCGGAGGGUGUGACCCUGCACGAGAUUGGAUUUGAGCAGGAGUUGAAAACCUCUUCUUGUUACAUGACCAGUCUCCUCUCCUUGGAUCAAAAGUGUGGUCCUCUUGACUAAAUAGCCCUUGGCAUAUAUUUGCAUAUGAUUGCUUUAUUGACAGUUGUUGUCUGGCCAUAUUUUGUUAAACAACUAUUAAGCACUGUAUUGCUCCAAGUGUUCCUUGUGUUUUUUUCCUUCAGCAAGCCUAAUAUAAUAAAGACAUGCAGCUGUGCCCAUGAUACGGCGUCAGGCGUGCAGUCACUGCCUGUCGCUGCCUCAGCUUGCUUAGUCCGCUGCUGCUGCUGAUUAUGGUACAGAUGUCCUGUUUCUGUGCAGUGAUUUGACGUCUAGUAAUUGUCAGGGGUUGUCUCAUUUUAGUACAGGUUUCUUUAGAGCCAGUAACACCUCCCUUUGUCACACCUGUGAGCAUGAGCAACGCGAGAGCAGCACUUGUCGCUUUUCGAUCUUCUCUCUUGGCUGUUCUUUCCUUUCAUGUAUUCACUUAAAUUUGCAUUCAAUAAGUAGACGUUGAUGUUGAGACAGUUACUUCAGAUUUUCUUGAUUUUUAGAGAUGUAUACCAGUACAUGCAUUAAACAUGAUCGAAGUGUU